AGCUUUCGACCCCCACCACGUCCGCAGCAACGAUGGCCUCCGCCUUUACUUUCGACAACUUUGACUAUUCCAAGCCCAAUACCCAACAGGGCCUUGAUUUCCUAUCCUUUGCAGCGCCCUUGGACGUUGUAGCACCUCAUCCUGAUCUCUUUGAGAGCGAGCUUGACUCGAGUCUCGCUGGAAUCGACCAGGCGCAGCUGCAGCUGCUCACCGUCGACUCGAACGACGCCUACUCGUUUUUGCGAUCGGACACGCCUACACGGGGCCCCCCUUCUGCAAUCACAGAGAGCUCAGCACGGAGCUCAGCCUAUGAGAGCUCCUACGACUCUGCAUAUGAGUACCCUGCCUCCAACUACUCCUUUCCCCUAGACCUUGAGAUGGACUUUCAACGAAUCAGAGUCGAUGCUCUCAGCGACUAUUCUCCUGCCAAUGUCGACCCCACCUCCUUUGGCUCCUUGCCGCCAACCCCACCUCUUUCGCCGCCCUCUGCGGCUGCGAAGCAGUACGUAGCUCGCACUAGCUACUCUGACUACGGUCCGCCGUCCAGGUCGGCCGGCUACUACUACAGUAUGGGCCAGGCCACCGUGUCGCCGUCGCAUGUCUCGACGCAGCUUCCGGUGGUGCCCAAUGUCCCUCCCAUCCGCGUCGAUGAUCACAAACAGGACCCGCGCAAAAAGUAUCAAUGCCCUUCGUGUCCAAGAGCUUUUGCGAGGGCCUAUAACCUCAAAACUCAUAUGGCCACCCAUGAUCCCAAUCGUCUUAAGCCACACGUCUGUCCUCACCGUUCGUGCGGGCGCUCCUUCUCCAGGAAGCACGAUCUCGGUCGUCACAUCAUUUCUAUCCAUCGCGACGAGUCUGUCGCCAGCUCCCACCACUCCAACUCGUCCAAAAAUUCCAUCGGCGUUGAGCAGGGAAAUCGUUCCUGGUGUGACGUCUGUGGCAAGGGCGCAGUUGGCCGCAGCGCCCAAUGCGACUGCGCGGAGAUCAAGUAAAGCUUUAAAUAAUGAUCCCGUCUAAUUCUAUCCUUGGCUUGUCCAACCCCCAUGUCGUCUGACAUCCUGCACGCCCUGCGCUUUUCGACUGAACCAAUCUUCGUACCGCCUCAUGGCCCAGUGACGGACUUGGUCUCGAAUUGAUUUUAAAUCACUUAUUCCGCAUAGUAUCUAAAUAUAAUCUUCCGGAAAUUUCUCUGCUCGCUUAGUUUUUUUUUCCUCCGUCUUCAGACUGUAAUUACAAAUGGUCAUUAUGAAUAACACGUUGCUCCCGCUCUUGUGCCUCGUCCU